GACAAAAUGACUCUCGUCACCCGAUCCGCCAUCCGUCUCUCCAGGCGAGGGGGCCAGCAGCUCCGCAACGCCCGCGCCAACGCUGCCCUCUUCACCACCGCCGCCGCCCAGGCCAAGACCGUGCUCCCUGCCCUCAACGCCUCUUCUUCCAGGGUCACCCUCCCCGCCAAGGCUUGUGAGUGUGCUUCCACAUACUUUUUACGGCUGCAUCGAGCAGCACGCGCGAGCAGCAGAGGACGCGUGCGCAGGGGCGAUAUCGAUGCGACUUCGGGUUUUCUCGGCCGUUCGGCGCCCAAACCGAAACGACCGCUAACACGUCUUUUUUCCAGCUGGUGCUGCCCGAACCUACGCCACCCCCGCUGGUGUCCAGACCGGUCAGAUCAAGACCGUCAUUGGUGCCGUCGUCGAUGUCCACUUUGACUCUGACAACCUCCCCCCCAUUCUCAACGCCCUCGACGUCCAGUACGGUGAGGGUCAGACCGCCCCUGAAGGCGGCCGACUCGUCCUCGAGGUCGCCCAGCACUUGGGUGAGAACACCGUCCGAUGCAUUGCCAUGGAAGGUACCGACGGUCUCGUCCGAGGCCAGAGCGUCGUCGACACUGGUGCCCCCAUCAGGGUCCCUGUCGGCCCCGCUACUCUUGGGUAUGUCUUUGCAAAUCCUCUUUUUGCAAUAAACUGACCGCGUUGCAGUCGAAUCAUGAACGUUAUCGGUCAGCCCAUCGACCAGCGUGGCCCCAUCAAGGGUGUCAAGGAGAACCCCAUCCACGCCGAUGCCCCCGAGUUCAUUGACCAGUCUACCCAGGCUGAAGUCCUCGAGACCGGUAUCAAGGUCGUCGACCUCCUCGCUCCUUACGCCCGAGGUGGUAAGAUUGGUCUUUUCGGUGGUGCCGGUGUCGGCAAGACUGUCUUGAUUCAGGAACUUAUCAACAACAUCGCCAAGGCCCACGGUGGUUACUCUGUCUUCACCGGUGUCGGUGAGCGAACCCGUGAGGGUAACGACUUGUACCACGAGAUGAGGGAGACUGGUGUCAUCAACCUCGAGGGUGACUCCAAGGUCGCUCUUGUCUUCGGUCAGAUGAACGAGCCCCCUGGAGCCCGUGCCCGUGUCGCUCUUACCGGUUUGACUAUCGCCGAGUACUUCCGUGAUGACGAAGGCCAGGAUGUGUUGCUCUUCAUUGACAACAUUUUCCGAUUCACCCAGGCCGGUUCCGAGGUGUCUGCCUUGCUCGGUCGUAUCCCCUCCGCUGUCGGUUACCAGCCCACUCUUUCCACCGACAUGGGUGGUAUGCAGGAGCGAAUUACCACCACCAAGAAGGGUUCUAUCACUUCCGUCCAGGCCGUCUACGUCCCUGCCGAUGACUUGACUGACCCUGCCCCCGCCACCACCUUCGCCCACUUGGACGCCACCACUGUGUUGUCUCGAGGUAUUGCCGAGCUCGGUAUCUACCCCGCUGUCGACCCCCUCGACUCCAAGUCCCGAAUGCUCGACCCCCGAGUCGUCGGCCAGAGGCAUUACGACAUUGCUACCCGAACUCAGCAGAUCCUCCAGGCUUACAAGUCUCUCCAAGAUAUCAUUGCCAUUCUCGGUAUGGACGAGUUGUCCGAAGAGGACAAGAUGACUGUCGAGCGAGCUCGUAAGAUCCAGCGAUUCAUGUCGCAGCCCUUCGCUGUGGCCCAGGUCUUUACCGGUAUUGAGGGUCGACUUGUCCCCCUCAAGGACACCAUCAACGCUUUCGAGGAGAUCCUCGAGGGUAAGCACGACCACAUCCCCGAGAACGCCUUCUACAUGGUCGGUGGUAUCGACGACGUCAAGGCCAAGCACGAGAAGUCCCUCAAGGAGACUGGUGCCUAAGCUUGUAGUCUAGAGUGAUGAGAGCGGAAGAGAAGCGGUCAUUGGGCCUUUAAACAGCCCUGCAAAAAUAUGAAAAAUGAAUCUUUGCGUAAAAUGGACAUUCUCUCUUGCACAGUCAUGGCUUCCUGCACUGUAUACCUGAAUCAAGACCGGGACGGUAGUAUAGUGUGGGACCUCUGCCGUCCUGAAAUAUAUGGGUAUUGAUUCUUGCUGUCGACUGGGACCCCGUUGCAUCGCCAAGUGUAGUCCGUG